AUGUUGGUUUGUGAGUCUGACGACUACGAUAAUGGUGGGCCGGCCAAGGCGCAUCUGGACACAGGUGAGCUCAGAUAGGCCGUAUCCAUCCAUCCAUCCAUCCAUCCACCCAUCGCCUCAAGUCCACUCCCUAAUGAUCCAUCCUCCUUCCUUCUCCCUAUGGACUGACUGUGUGGUCCUCAGGCUCUCCAUUGUUGGCUCAGUCAUCGGGUCGAAGCACGGCUGCACCGGGGCCCAGCAUCGUUCACGCCUCCUCGUGCCUCAACCCGAUCAUAGAAGACCAUCCGCGUGUUACAAACAUCAACCCCCACACUGGGCAACAGUUCCAGCUACAGUGAGUGAGGAAGGGAGGGUGGCUCUGUCUGCCAGUCAGACCAUAGCCACACAUGGAUGAAUGGAUGGAUGGAUGGAUGUGUGUGUGUGUGUUAUCGGUCGGUGUGCCGCAGGUUGGUCCACCUUUGUUUGACGUGCCAGCGUCGCGACAUGAACGACUGCCACCUCAAGGCACAGCUCAAAAAGUGAGACAGAAAGAAACAGAUGCACAGGGGGGGUGAGGUGAGCACACGUGGACGCCCGCCGGAUGAUUGACUGACUCAUUCGUUGGUUGGUUGGUUGGUUGGUUGGUUCUGUCUUGGCAGCUACUCUGACCACAUUCGCUACCUCGAGGGUGAGAUUGUCCUCCUCAAUACCAAAAUCGAUCUGUAAGUCAGAGGUCAAGGGAAAGCAGCACGGAAACGAACGAACCAUUGUGUCUUUGCAUUGCAGAGGAGAGGGCGUUCUGGGAUGCCCAGAGGGAGGAGAGGAAUCGGUAAGUUGUAACCAAUUCAAUCUCCUCUCUGGUUGAUUGCAAUUUUGGCUGUGUGUGUGCGUUUCAGAUUGGCAGAGUACGAGCAGGGCAAAAUAUAUGGAGGAAGACCCUGA